CUGGCCCCUAUCCCCGCCUCCGCCCUUUUUCCACCCCCUGUCGCAAAUCCCAGUCCAGCCUCUGUCCCCACCGCAUUCCCACCAUUUGCUUAAGCCCCCGGUCCAACAUCAGCCCUUGCUCCCAUCACACCCCCUGCCCUUGUUGAAACCCCAUUGCUCAGCCCAACCCAGCCCAUUAUCUCAGCCUCUGCCCUUUUCUCUGUGUUUAUCCAACUGUCUCCCACUGGCCACCCGCUUUUCCCAUACUUUGCACCUCUCCAAGCCUCGAUUCAGGUUUGGGCUCCAGCUGCCUCCAGCUCUAUUGCUAUUGUUGCUGUUCUCUGUCCUUGGCCCAGGGGCUGGAGGCCUUUUCCUGACUGAUUACUCCACCUGCUCACCCCGAAAGCUGAGUCCUUUCCGCUCCUUUGCCAGCACCGAGCUCUUCCACUUCCAUGUUCCAGAAGACACAUUCCUGGCUGUUUGGAACCUUAUCAUCUUCAAGGAGCAGGGGGGAACCUUUGGGGACCACUGCCCAGACCAAAGUGUGACUUUGUAUUUCCGGUCUGGGGCACCUCCUGUCAUCAAUCCCCUGCACACACACUUCCCAGGAGAUACUGCUGUACCUGGGGUUUUUUCACUGAAUCUUAGCUGGACACUCCCAAACCGCACCUCAGGCAUCUUCAACGUCAGCAGUCCCUUACCUGGGGACUGGUUCUUGGCUGCCCACCUUCCCCAAGCCCACGGCCACAUCUCUGUCAAGGGUCUCCAGGAUGAGUGCCAAUACCUCCUUCAGCCACAGCUAAUUGUCCGACGUUUACUGGAUGUGGCUGUGCUGGUUCCUGGCCGUCCCUCAGAACAAACCCUUUCUUCCCACAAUCGUUCAACCUUGUACAAGGUCUUUGUACCCAGCUUCACUUACAGGGUUUCAGCGCAGCUGGUAUGUGUGGGGGGCCGAGGGGUGUCUGCCUGCCCCCUGACACUGCGUCUACGUCCCAAGGCCCCACCCCUGCACAACUCAAGCUCUGUGGCUUGUGAAGGUGCCUCAGUAUGCCAGUUGGAGCUGGCGCUGCCCCCCUGGGGGCACUGGGUCUACAUGCGUGUGGAGACACCAUCCCGUGGCCCUAGCAGGACCAUCCGCUUCCAGCUGGUUGUAUGGUUGCAAGAGUGCCCACAGCCCAGCCUGUCCCGUGCCCUGGUCCCUGGAGCUGCUAUGAACAUGCCCCAGUCACUGGGCAACCAGCCACUGCCCCCAGAGUCACCAUCCCUGGGGACCCCUGUGGAGGGGCCUGGGACCACAUCCCCACCUGAGCACUGCUGGCCAGUGCGUCCGACUCUGCGCAAUGAGCUGGACACCUUCUCCGUCCACUUCUACAUCUUCUUUGGCCCCAGCGUGGCCCUUCCACCUGAGCGCCCAGCCGUGUUUGCCCUGAGGCUGUUGCCAGUGCUAGACAGCGGAGGUGUCCUCAGCCUGGAACUCCAGCUCAAUGUGAGCUCCCUGCGCCAAGAAAAUGUGACAGUGUUUGGAUGCCUGACUCAUGAGGUGCCCUUGAGCCUGGGGGAUGCCGCGGUGACCUGUUCCAAAGAGUCCCUGGCUGGCUUCCUCCUAUCAGUCAGUGCCACCUCCAGAGUGGCCAGGCUGCGAAUCCCGUUCCCGCAGACCGGGACCUGGUUCCUGACCCUCCGCUCCCUGUGUGGAGUGGGGCCUCGGUUCAUGCGGUGCCGCAACGCAACGGCCGAAGUGCGGCUGCGCACCUUCCUGUCCCCGUGCGUGGACGACUGCGGACCCUAUGGACAGUGCAAGCUGCUGCGUACGCACAACUAUCUGUAUGCGGCCUGCGAGUGCAAAGCUGGAUGGCGGGGCUGGGGCUGCACCGAUAGUGCCGAUGCGCUCACGUAUGGAUUCCAGCUGCUGUCCACACUCUUGCUCUGCCUGAGCAACCUCAUGUUUUUGCCACCUGUGGUCCUGGCCAUCCGGAGCCGAUAUGUGCUGGAAGCUGCUGUGUACACCUUCACCAUGUUCUUCUCCACAUUCUAUCAUGCUUGUGACCAGCCAGGCAUCGUGGUUUUCUGCAUCAUGGACUAUGAUGUACUGCAGUUCUGUGAUUUCCUGGGCUCCUUAAUGUCUGUGUGGGUCACUGUCAUUGCGAUGGCUCGUUUACAGCCCGUGGUCAAGCAGGUGCUGUAUUUGCUGGGGGCUAUGCUGCUGUCCAUGGCUCUUCAGCUUGACCGGCAUGGACUCUGGAACCUGCUUGGACCCAGUCUCUUUGCCCUGGGGAUCUUGGCCACAGCCUGGACAGUACGCAGCGUCCGCCGCCGGCACUGCUACCCACCAACGUGGCGCCGCUGGCUCUUCUACCUGUGCCCGGGCAGCCUUAUUGCAGGUAGUGCCGUCCUACUCUAUGCUUUCGUGGAGACACGGGACAACUACUUCUACAUUCAUAGCAUUUGGCAUAUGCUCAUCGCCGGCAGUGUGGGCUUCUUGCUGCCUCCUCGUGCCAAGACUGACCGCCGGGUCCCAUCUGGAGCUCAGGCCAGGGGCUGUGGUUACCAGCUGUGCAUCAAUGAACAGGAGGAACUGGGCCUUGUGGGUCCAGGAGGGGCCACUGUUAGCAGCAUCUGUGCCAGCUGAGAGGGGCUUUGGGGUAGGUCCCUAGGUGAUAUGAACCCUUCCUAGGGUUCGUUCUUCCUGGGGGUUAUGGAGCCCUUCUGGAGACAAGAGACAAACUGUACUUCUGAAGACAUGGAGUCUUUCUCAAGGAUAUCAAUCUCUUUCAGGGACAUGAAGGCCUUCCCAGGACAUAGGGAACUUCUUGAGGGCCUGGAGUCCUUCUUAAGGACUGGAGCUAUGCAGGGCACAGAGCCCCCUUAGGAUCAAGUUGUCCCUCCUGGGGUUGUGGAACCCUUCCUGGAGAUCAGGAGCCCUCCUACAGACCUGAAUUACUUCCCAGGAAGACAGCCCUACCAGGAAUGUGUCAUCAUUCCAGAGGAAAUGGAGUCGAACUUAGAGGAAAUGGAGUUGAACUUCGAGAAAUUGAGUCUGCAGAUUUUUCCAGAGGCUCAGCAGCUCUGGCCUCAGGCUUCCUUCCCAGAGGCAAUGUCUAGGCUGGGCUGUGCUGGACGUGGGGGAUUGCAGGAAAGAUGGAGCUGGGAUGGGGCUGGAGGUUGGUAUCCUGAGAACCAUACAGGUGGAGUUUGAUGUGUCUCUAAAGAAGUAUGUGCUGGUCUGUGCUGCCUUUGUUCUGGGGGGUCACAGUGUGGGGAAAGGAAGGAAAUAGCAGGGGUGAUAGCUGACCAGCUUGAAGAUGAGGCUUCUACCCCAUUAUGUACACAUCUGUAUCCCUCUCAUCUGGUCCUUGUGCUCAUUUUCAAACACUUCUUGUUGCCUAUUUCACAAUUCCUAUGGAUUCCAGUCUGCAAUAGUUAAGAGGUGUGUGUGCAUGUGUACAUGUGUGUACCCAGUGUGAGUGUGCAUGUGUGCUUAUGUAUACUUGGUGUGAGUAUAUGAUGUGUACUCAGUAUGAGUGUGCGUGUGCAUGUGUGUGUAUGUACUGAGAUGAAUUGAAUUAGUGAGACAGAGCUCCCCCAUGAUGCCUGUACUCACAGAGAAGGAAGUCAAGGUACCAGGAAAUCGGAGUAACAGACACAAGUUUUAGAUGUGUAAGAACUACCACAAGAAUGUUAACUUCUAUUUUCAGCCUCCACUUUUUCCCUGAGUGCCAGAAAUAAUCUUUUGUCAACCGGGAUUUCUUCUCUUUCAGUAGUGGUGAGGGGUUGUGGGGUGGCAGGUCACAGCUGAGUUCUGAGGGCCAAGAAAUUCGGAGAACAUUCUCUCUGGUUACAGUGUCCAUACUUCACCCAUCCCCUGAGAUUUACAUCAUCUCAUGUGGUUUCCAGAUGGCCAGAUGGGUUAGCUGGAUGCUGGGAGGUUUCUUGUUCCUAUCUUCAUAACCUUUUCAGUACUGAAGUUCUGUGCCCUACUUC